AUGGCGGAGACCAAAAUAAUUUAUCACAUCGACGAAGAGGAGACCCCGUACUUGGUGAAGAUCCCCAUAGCUGCAGAAAAUAUCACCCUGCUGGAUUUUAAACAGGUCCUCAACAAGCCAAACUACAAAUUCUUCUUUAAGUCUAUGGACCAAGACUUUGGGGUUGUGAAGGAAGAGAUUUCCGACGAUGGUGCCAAGCUGCCUUGUUUUAACGGCAGAGUUGUGUCAUGGUUGGUAUCAUCAGAGACUCCAGCUGCAGAGCCUCCUGUUGCAGUGGUCCCCCCUGUGGAAACGGCCUCCCAGCCAUCACCACCUCCGCCUCCCCUGCCUCCCCCGCCUGCAGAGAGGACCGGGGGGAUUGGGGACUCCAGACCUCCCUCCUUUCAUCCCAAUGCUACGGGCAGCGUGGAGACGUUGGACGAGCAGACUGAAACCGAGUCUGUGGUUUCCUUCAGGAGGGAGAGGCCCCGGCACAGAGAGAACGUGGAGCAGCAUGGCCCCCGCAUGAACGGUCAGAGCCGCCUGGAGCGCCACCUGGCAGGAUACGAGAGCUCCAGUACGGUGAUGAGCAGCGAGCUGGAGACCACCAGUUUCUGUGACUCUGAUGAUGACGACACCAUGAGCAGGUUCAGCAGUGCUACGGAGCAAAGCACCGCCUCCAGACUUCUGAAGCGACACCGCCGGCGGAGGAAACAGCGCCCCCCGCGGCUGGAGAGGGCGUCGUCCUUCAGCAGCGUGACGGACUCCACUAUGUCCCUGAACAUCAUCACUGUCACUCUUAACAUGGAGAAGUACAACUUCCUGGGUAUUAGUAUCGUGGGCCAGAGCAACGAGAGAGGCGAUGGCGGCAUCUAUAUCGGCUCCAUCAUGAAAGGCGGCGCCGUGGCUGCAGACGGACGCAUCGAACCCGGGGACAUGCUGCUGCAGGUGAACGACAUCAACUUUGAAAACAUGAGCAACGAUGAUGCGGUACGCGUCCUCAGAGAGAUCGUACAUAAACCGGGACCAAUCAUACUGACCGUGGCCAAGUGUUGGGACCCGUCUCCCCAAGGGUACUUCACGCUGCCUCGCAAUGAGCCGAUCCGACCCAUCGACCCCGCGGCGUGGGUCAGCCACUCUGUGGCGAUGACCGGGGCUUUCCCUCCCUAUCCGGGCAGCUCCUCCCUCAGCACCAUCACUUCCUCCUCCUCCGUCACAGAGACCGAACGUUUCGAUGACUUUAGCUUGUCGCUUCACUCUGACAUGGCGUCAGUAGCCAAGGCGAUGGCUUCCCCUGAGUCAGGUCUGGAGGUCAGGGAUCGCAUGUGGCUUAAAAUCACCAUCCCUAACGCUUUCCUGGGCUCAGACGUAGUGGAGUGGCUCUUCCAUCACAUCGAGGGGUUCCAGGACCGCCGGGAAGCCAGGAAGUAUGCCAGCAACCUGUUGAAGGCCGGCUUCAUCCGACACACUGUCAACAAGAUCACCUUCUCCGAGCAGUGCUACUACGUGUUCGGAGACCUGAGCGACUGUGAGAACUACAUGGCCAAUCUGUCACUGAAUGACAAUGAUGGCUCCAGCGGCGCCUCCGAUCAGGACACCCUGGCCCCCCUGCCGCUCCCGGGCGCCUCCCCCUGGCCUAUGAUGCACACCUUCCCCUAUCAGCCCUACGCAGCACAUCCCUACUCCAGCCAGCCGCCUCCGUACCACGAGCUCAGCAGCUAUAGCUACGCCCCAGGCAGCACGGGCAGCCAGCACAGUGAAGGGAGCCGAAGCAGCGGCUCGACCAGAAGCGAGGGCGAGCGUCGACGCAGCAACAAAGGCCCCGGCAGCACUGCGGGCGGUGGGGAGAAAUCCCCCUCUGGUGAAGGCGGCGGCGGCGGCGAGUCCCGCUCCGGCAGCGGCAGCGAAUCCGAGUACUCCACCCGCGGCAGCCUGAGGCGGGGCCACGGCUCCUCGGCCCAGAGCGAGCACAGCCACGCCUCGUCACAGCGCUCCCACCACCACCGGAUGCCGCAGCCUCCCCACAUGUCCCCUUACCCGCCGGGCAUCCUGCCCUACAACCCCAUGAUGCUGAUGAUGGUUCCCCAGCACCCACACCCGGCCAUGGCCGCCCACGCUCUCCAGCACCCGCAGCAGCUAUCGGCUGCCCCCAUGCACCAGGCGCUCCCCCCUCCUCCUUCCUCCACCCCAGGGGGACCUCCCGGGGCCCCUCCUACCCGCGACCUGGGCUCAGUGCCUCCAGAGUUGACCGCUUCCCGUCAGUCGUUCCACCUGGCCAUGGGGAAUCCCAGCGAGUUCUUUGUGGACGUCAUGUAGUUCUUUAACUUUUCUUCUUCUCUCCUUUUGUGUUGAGUGAUAGUUCAUGUGUACGGUUCCUUUGAUGUGACGAUUAUCUGCUCAGUGAGCUCACACAUGCCCAUCAGAGUAAGGGCGUUUGUUACAAAUUAGGUAAAAACAGGGUUGAAAAUGACAAGAAUUUUAAAAAUCUAGCUGAGAUCAGAUUAGGUGUGGCAGUGAGUUUAAUUCCCCCCCAAGUACAUAUCAGGCACACAGCUGCCUGAAUGGUUCAGAAAGACUCUUAUGUUCUGCUUCCUCCUCCUUCAAGUAGCUUCAGAGCCAGGAAACAGACCUACAGAAUACAGCAGGACACUAGAGGGCGCCAGGUACACCUUAUGCUGGAGGAAAGGGGGGGUAUGCUGUCAUUGUAGCACCAGAUUGAUGAGUGCCUUACUUUUUUGAGACAUUAUGGAACACUCCAGGUACAUAAAAUGUUUGACAAUGAAAGUCUCUGUAUAUAGAUACCUACAGCUCCUAUGUAAAGCGUUACGCACUAAUGUGAAAGGAAAAGGUCCAAACAUGUCAGUGGGACUCGAGAGAAUACAUCUGAUUACUCUUGACCCCCUUAGAGGUACCAUGAUGUUCUGAAUGUGAUACCACAUGCUAAUGGCCAAUGGCGGUACCUGUUUAAUUACAUUCAGUGUAUAUCUUUAAUGUGAUCCAAGCUCCUCAUCCUUCGUUUUUAUCUUUCUGACUCACAUUAUUCACCUGAUUUUUUGUUUUUUUGUUUUGUAUGCGUGACUUUAUAAAUCAUGUGUAAUCCAAAUAUCAAGGUGCUAAAUGAAGAGUGGACAUUACAAAAAGAAAGACAUGAACGCUUCGGGCGCUGUUUGAUUACAUAACACCACCUUUUGUUUGUGCCUUUCAGAAUAAAUUUGAUACUAGCUGACUGCC